UGUCGGGGCCGCUGGGCCGGGUGCUUGGGGGUGGGGGCCCGUCUACGGCUCUCCGGCCCCCGCCCCCAGGAUUGAGAACUCCGUUGGCGCUGGCGGGGGGAAGGGCGGGCCCCAUGGGCCACGUGGGAGGGUCCCCGUGUCCUCUGCUUCCUGCUGCACACGUGCAAGGGGCCCUGGGUGGGCAAAACGUGGUCUCCCGGACUGGGCUGAAGGAGAGAAAGGGAGAGGCUGGGCUUGGGGGGGCCGCCUCCCGCAGCUCAGCAGUUCCUCUGACCAUCCGAGGACCAUGCGGCCAACGGAUCAUCCAGGCGCGCAUCGUGGGUGGAGGCGACGCCGAGCUCGGGCGUUGGCCAUGGCAGGGGAGCCUCCGCCUGUGGGAUUCCCACGUGUGCGGAGCGAGCCUGCUCAGCCGCCGCUGGGUGCUCACGGCGGCGCACUGCUUUGACUCCUACGGUGACCAUGCUGAUUACUCCAGGUGGACGGUCCAGUUUGGCCAGCUGACUUCUGCACCACCCUUCUGGAGCCUGCAGGCCUACUACACCCGUUACUUCGUGUCAAAUAUCUAUUUGAGCCCUCGAUACCUGGGGAAUUCACCCUAUGACAUUGCCUUGGUGAAGCUGUCUACACCUGUCACCUACACUAGCCAUAUCCAGCCCAUCUGUCUCCUGGCCUCCACAUUUGAGUUUGAGAACCGGACGGACUGCUGGGUGACCGGCUGGGGAAACAUCCAAGAGGAAGAGGAACUGCCGCAUCCCCACACCCUCCAGGAGGUGCAGGUCGCCAUCAUCAACAACACUAUGUGCUACCACCUCUUCCUAAAGCCUGAUUUCCGCACCAACAUCUUUGGAGACAUGAUUUGUGCCGGCGAUGCCCAAGGCGGGAAGGAUUCCUGCUUCGCUGACCUCACCCCCCAUGGCCCUCCGGCUCUCCAGGGUGACUCAGGUGGACCGUUGGCCUGUGACAAGAAUGGAAUGUGGUAUCAGGUUGGAGUUGUGAGCUGGGGAGUGGGCUGUGGUCGGCCCAAUCGGCCCGGUGUCUACACCAAUAUCAGCCAGCACUUCGGGUGGAUCCAGAAGCUGAUGACCCAGAGUGGCAUGGCACGGCCAGACCCCUCCUGCCUGCUGCUCUUUCUCCCUCUUUUCUGGGCUCCCCGACUCCUGCAGCCGGCCUGAGCCCACCCGAGCCCAUGCAGGCUGGGGCCACUGCUAAGUCAGGCCCUGGUUCUCUUCUGUUUUGUUCAGUAAUAAACACAUUUGAGUUGA